AUGAUUUAAUAAAAUUUCUAAAAAAUAAUAUUAAUUUAAUAAUUGUUAAUAAAAUCUUUGAUUGUAAAGUUUUUUUGUGUUAAAUAAUUCUCAUAUAUUUACUUAAUAAAAAAAAUUUAGAAUAAAGACUUUUGGCUAAAAGAAGUAAUGUUACUAAUCCUAAAAUUUAAAUUAACUGGGGUAAAAUAUUGGUAAAAAGAUCUGCUUCUAUAUUAUAUUAUUCAAAUUUUUCACUUAAAUUAAUUUAUUUUUCUUUUCUUGUUAUUAAAUUUAAAUAAUCAUCAAUUUCAAAAAGUUUUAAAUAAGAUGAUAUAGAUAGCAACUCCUAUGCUUAAAAAUAUAUGUAUAGAUUUUCAGGAUAAUCUACAUUAAUAAAUCUUAAGUAUGAUUGAUAUUACAGAAGAUUUAGGGUUUCAACAACGAUCGAACUUUCACCAGAAACUAAAGAAAUUACACAUAAAGAAAUUGCUCCUAUCAUAAAUGCUUUAUUUGAUUAUUAAGCAUAAUUAGAUACUUAUCUUACUUAUUCAGUUAUUAUUUUUGGGGGUUAAAGAUAAAUUUACUAAAUAGGAUUUAAAAGUGUUUAAUUAUUUGAGUUAACAAUUUCAUGAUUCAGUUAAACUUAAAGAACUGGUUUUGUUGAAAGCUAUGAAAAUAUUUGAAUGA